CAAUAAUAAUAUCUUUCUAUAUAUAUAUUUAAAAAUGUCGAAUCAUAAAAGUCGUAAAUGGAUUCGGGCGGCGAAAAAAGAUGCACGGCCAGAGUUGAAAGGUCAUGAAGGAUGGUGUGGUCAGGAUUAUCUUCAUACGUUCGACGUGUCUCAUUCCACUGUGUUCGAUACCUGUCCAAGAGAGGACGUCAGAGAUCUCACACAUGAACAAUUUAUUGAAAAAUAUGAAAGGCCUCUCAAGCCAGUUGUUCUCACAAAUGUACAAGAUGAUUGGCAAGCAACGUACAAAUGGACGGUAGAAAGACUCGUAAAAAAAUAUCGGAAUCAAAAGUUCAAAUGCGGGGAAGACAACGACGGAUACUCUGUGAAAUUAAAAAUGAAAUAUUACAUCGAUUACAUGAAAACAACUAGAGACGACAGCCCUUUAUAUAUAUUUGAUAGCAACUAUGGAGAACAUCCUAAGAGGAAAAAACUACUCGAAGAUUAUGAGAUUCCAGAGUAUUUUGCUGAUGAUUUGUUCAGGUACACUGGUGAAAAGAAGAGACCUCCACACCGAUGGUUUGUUAUGGGUCCCCCAAGAUCUGGGACAGGUAUUCAUAUUGAUCCACUUGGGACAAGCGCUUGGAAUGCACUGGUACAAGGGCACAAGAGAUGGUGUUUAUUUCCGAAUAAAACUCCAAAAGAUAUGGUUAAGGUUCGGAAAUCGGAAGGAGGAAACCAGAUGGACGAAGCAAUAACCUGGUUUAACGUUGUUUAUCCAAGAACGCAACGACCUGAUUGGCCUGAGGAAUAUAAGCCGUUGGAGAUUCUACAAAAACCAGGUGAAACAGUGUUUGUACCAGGAGGAUGGUGGCAUUUAGUUCUGAAUCUCGACACAACAAUAGCAGUUACGCAAAACUUUGCAAGUGUUACGAAUAUCCCGCUCGUCUGGGCUAAAACUGUGAAAGGGAGACCAAAGUUAUCUCAUAAAUGGAUAAGAAUUCUUCGGAAAGAGCGUCCGGAAGUCGCUGAAAUUAUCGAUAAACAAAACUUGAAUGACGCAAAUUUGAUAAAUUCUGACAGUAGCAGUGAUUCUUCAUCAAGCAGUAGCAACUCUUCAUGUUCCUCGUCAGAAGAUGAAUCAGAAUCGCCUCCAAGGGAACCACGGCACAAAGCAAUGGCUGAAAAAAGACCAAGAUCGCAAGAGAAUAUCAGUGGCAAAAGACCAUGCUUCAACCCAAACAAUCGUCACGUAUUGAACUCUGACUACAAUUAUGAGAAUUCUCAAGAAACAAGAUAACGGGCUUUUCAGAAGUAGUCGUCCUAACUUCGACCCUCUUCAAGUUUCAUUUUUUGAACUUUUUCAUCAUGAAUUCGUUUAGUCUUGUGUUAUUUUCAAGAAGAUAGCAGCUUUUAUUCAAAGUAGUAGUCUUUAUGAUAAACUUUUUGAGUUGAAAACUUUUCUCAUCUUGCGUUAAACCUUCUCGCGAUAACAAUCACUUUUCAUAAGCAGAUGAGAGAGAUUAAGCUAUCUUAUAAGAUAAUUUUUUGAACUCUCGCGUUAUGAAUUUAGCCUAGUACGGCUGCUCAAAAAAAGUUGACGGCCAUUUUCGGAUGCAUUUGAGCUUCAACAAGAUAACGUACCCCUUAGAAGUAUUCAUUCUAACUACAGAUCUCUCAUAAGAUAGAUUUUUUGAAUCUUUCCCAUCAUCAAUUUGUUUGGUUUUGUGUAAUAUUCAAUCGCAGCUUUUUUUAAAACUAGUUGUCCCAACUCCAAAUUAUUUUUUUUUUUAUAAAUCUCUCUUGUCUUGCAUUAAGCCGUCUUGCAAUAACAAUCCCCUUUCAGAAGUAGCUGUUCUAACUCCCAAUUUUAGCUCACUCAUAAAAUAAUUUUUUCGAACUUUUUCAUCAUCAAUUUAGUCUGGUAUGACUGCUUACAAAAAGAUGAUGGCUGAUUUCAGAUGCCUUCAAGCUUCAACCCCUUUAAAAUAAUUGUAUGAACGAGUUUUGAAUUACUCUAUCACGAACUAGAACUUUUUACCCUUCAGAUCAUGCAAAAAAUAUUAGAGCCUUUUCACACACAUGUCGAGUAUUGAUUACUUGCUGAACUUAACUGCCUGUGACAAAGCCAUUUUUAGAAGUUUUCAGUUCAAUUCUCAAGAUAAUUUUUUUCAAUUAUGAACUGCUUCAGGUACUCCCGUAGUAUGUGCAACAAGAUGGCAGACACCGGAACAGAGUAUGUGUAUCAGGUUACCAUAAUUUCAGGUACAAAUACUACGGGAGUCACUUGGCUAGUCCCCGAACUCUUAAUAGAACUAAAAUAAGAAAAGUUGGAAUAAAAUUAUGGCUUAAUCCUAACUAGGUGUCCGCCAUCUCCUACUCCCUAUUCUACGCCCUGUGAAACCUUUAUGUGUGUAUUCAUUCCUAUUUCAACUCAUUUUCCUGAGAUAAAACUUUGUAAUCUUAGUGUUUUUUUACCUAUUGCUGAACUUGACCGCAUGUGACACAGCCAUUUUCAGAUGUUUUCAUGCAUAGUUCAAUUCUUAAGUUGAUUUUUUUAAGUUGUGAACUUACUGUAUAUCUCCACAUAUUAACUGAUCUCAUAUAUAAGCCUACCCUAAAUGGCCCUAAACAAAAUUUUAAUAAACACUCAGAUUUUUAGUGUGAUGACCCAUUAGUUUAUACCAAACUUGGCUUAUAUGCAAGUAUAUAUGGUACUUCGUUAUGAAACAGCAAACAUUCUAGAAGUAGUCACCUUGACUUAAAUUGUCUUUUAGCAUAUUUUUUUAACUCUUUCUGUCAUGAAUUUAGCCUCGUGUGAAAUUCUCAAACAAUUCGACAAUAUCACAGCCAUUUUUAAGUGUGUUCAUGCUUCUUUCAACCUUUUUGUUAUAAUAAUAUUGGGUGUCCAUAAAGUCUCUUCGCAAUUUUGUUAUGAAGUCAAUUCUCAAUAUAUCUUAACCAGGUUUGUUGUUUUUUAAUCAGUACUUGUUUAGGUAUUUUUACUUCAUUUAAUACAUCUAUGAAGGAUAAAACAAUAUAUGGUAUCGAUGAAUUUUCUUCGCAAUUUUAUUUGAAAAAAUUUCAAAUCUUCACGGGCAUCUUAUAUAACUGAAUUUGGCAUUUUUUCAUCCUUGAUUUAGUCUAGUAUUCUAGACUGCGUGUGACCAAUCACAGCCAUUUUCUCAUGUUUUCUUCCAUUCAAAUUUUUUGAGUAAAAUUUUUGCACUUUUCAUCAUGAAUUUAGCAAUGCUAGUCCUCAAAUUCAUUGCCAUUUGAUAUGAGUCUCAUGAACUUUGAACUCUGAAUCUUUCACCCACCAGGAAGUCAGAUAUAAUAAUCAUGGACAAGAGCACAAAAUAACCACUGUUUUCAAAAGUUCAUUUCAUCUUGGAUAAAUUAUGAAUAUUGUACUGUGAUUUCCCAUCAUGAAUACAGUGUUGUUAUCAUACAAGAUGCCAUCCUAGUAAGAGAAAAAAUUUUUCAAAAAAGUUCAAUGAGAGGUACUUGUUUGCUGUAACAAUUUAUAAUGCUAUAACAAUCUAAUUCUCUAACAACCAUAAAUAUUAGGGUACUUUUUUCACCCCCUUAUGCGUGCCGUGGCAGACAAAUUCUAUUAUAAUAAAAAAUCCUGUCCUGCUAUACACUCUAGUAAUCUUCUAAAAUUGACUUCACCUGAAAUAUACUCAAUUUCUUAAUUCUGAAUAAUUAUAGUUGCACUAAAUCGAAUUAUCUUCUAAUAUAACCAACUCUUUUAAUUUGAGAAACUUACUGGUUUAUUAACCUUAUGUUUUUAUUAUGAGCUAAAAGAACUAUCAAUGGCAAGAUUACCAUCCAAGCUAGUAGAAUGAAUGAAUGAGAACUGCUCAAAAUGUUGUGUCCUUCUGAACCUUCUGUCAAAGUUUUAUGAUGGGUGACAUGAAAAAAAAGAACCCAAUAAAUUUUUCAACUUCUACAAAAAUGGAGGAAUUUAUUUAAUUUUGUCUACAAUCAAAUUUCUGUUUGUGAUUGUGCUUUGCAUGAAAGUCAUAUUCUCUCUAAAAUAAGUUUCAAAUUAUUUACAUUUUUGCAGAAGUAAUUGAAAAAUUUAUGGGUUCCGUUUUUAUUUUGGUCACCAUGUAUCUGGCCACCCGAGGGAUAUCGUUGAUCCCCUUUUUAUAACAUGAUUUGACCUGCGAAGUAUAUCUGUCUUAACUGCACGCAGUAGGACACGAUGACAAGAGAGACACUGGAAUAAACGACUGUGGACAUUUUCAAACGAUUUUCAAUUGCUUAUUUUGGAUAGAAUGUAAACUCGUUAACAAGACUAUCGUUCUAGUAAAAUAGAUUACGUUUACCGGUAAUUAUCAUUCAUAGGUUCAGCAUAUGUUGCGGUUUCACUUUUGUGUUUUAAUAUGCAUUUGAAUAUGUUCGCUACUCCCAGCAUGACCUGUGUUACUCGGAAUAAGUUGUUCAAGUUUCCAAUCUGGCAAAAAUCUAAAAAAGGCUCUUCCAUCUUCUCCAAGUCUUGGGCACAUUUGUAUAGAGGUGAUCCUUUCAAUAUUUCUUUACAAUUGUCUUUAUUCCCAGAAAUAAGGUUAAGGUUGAACUUUUUUGAACUUUCAGUUGGAGUCUAUAUUUUUGUCUGUUUAUUAGAAUGACCAGAUGUUUUCUUGUGAAUUUGAAGUGAAAUUUCAAACAAAAAAGGGAGCUAUUUAUUUGAUUAUUGAAAGUUAUUUGAUUAUUCCGCAGCGUGAAAGUCUCUAUCUCUCUCAUAACUGGUCGAAUAUCUGGUGAAACGUUACAUAGGCUUUCCUCUCUUGUGUCCCAAUCAGUUUGCAUUCUGUAAUUCCUUUUGUAAAUAUUUACUUCUGAUGAUUUUAAUUGUUCUUUCAACUCACUGCUUGUUUCUUUCCUGCAAUAAAUUAUAAAAAAUGGAA